AUGCAAUUCAGUGGAUUCAAUCAAUUAUUUAAUAUUAUUUCAUAUUGGAAUUUAAAUCAUUGGCGAAAUAUCAUCAUUUUCUUGGUCAAUUUAACAUCAGUCUGCAAUGUUGUAGUGAGUUUAGGUACAGGAUAUAAUGUAGCUGUGAAGUAUAAUCGUCCAUAUUCUAGAUGGCGACAGUCAUUAACUCCAUGCGCAUGGCUUGAACGCGGUGGUUUUUUCAAUAUGCCAAAAUAUUACAACUCUUUAUCUCCAUUUGUACAACGACGACAUGUUUGCUCAGGUUAUACAACUUGUCCACUGACUUGGCUUCCAACAAACGAUGUCAGAUCGUUAACAUUCAAGCUUAUAGGGACUGAUGAUAUGCGUGAUUAUGAAUUUCAAGCGCAUUUUUGUAAUCGGAUAUAUGAAGCACGACAUCGUUAUUGUACUAAUGAAGAAGGUGAAAUUGCCUUUGAACUACGACAGAUUGGAACAUGGCUUAUGGUUGAUCGUAUCAAUUGUCGUUGUUUAGGCAUAGCUGAUGUUGAACGUUAUGGUUAUAGUAAAGGUGUUCAAUUCGGGGAUCGUGUAUUUCGUGGGAAUUAUAUACACAUGACGUGUGCUACAAAACCUCAAUGUAAAAUAGACGACUUUUGUUAUAUUGAAACACCCAGUACAGAUGGUUAUAUUUAUGGUGGUCGGGUACCGUGUAUUUGUCCAAAACAGUAUCAUUGUCCAAUUUACUUUAUCCGUGACAAGCGUAUACCACAGUUGAAUGAUGAUGGAAGAGUAAUCAGUUAUGGAGUGAAAUGUAAAAGAAGAAAUUAUUAA